CAAGACCUUAGUUACAUUUCAGAAUAUUUCUACCAUUAACUGGUUUGGACAAGAAGAGCUGUCCCCAGAUAAUUUCAGCAAACAGUAUAAUCUUAUGUUCAGAUCUGAUCCCAUUGAAGAAACUGAUACUAGUCUUUCAACAGUUUUUAAUUACUGAAGAGAAAUGGUUGAAGAAAACCACACAAUGAUGACUGAAUUUGUUUUUGUAGGUUUAGUGGAUAGUCCAAAUAUGGAGCUGCUCUCUUUUAUUGUGAUACUAAUUAUCUAUUUAAUUACACUGACUGGCAAUCUUGGGAUGAUCAUAUUAAUCAGGAUAAGCUCUCAGCUCCAGAGCCCUAUGUAUUUCUUCCUCAGUCAUUUGUCUUUCUUAGAUUUUGGGUAUUCUUCAGCUAUUGCCCCUAAAAUGCUAGCUAACAUACUGGCAGACAAGAAAAGCAUUUCAUAUGUUGAUUGUGCUGCACAGAUGUAUUUCUUCAUUUUCUGUGCGAGUACUGAGUGUAUCCUCCUGGCAGCAAUGGCGUAUGACCGGUACGUGGCUAUCUGUAAUCCUCUCCUCUACGUGGUUACCAUGUCUCCCAAAGUGUGCACUGUGAUGGUGGCUGGAUCUUAUCUCAUUGGCUUGGUGAAUGCAGUGACACAAACAGUUUCUACCUUUCAGCUCUCUUUUUGUGAAUCCAAUAUCAUCAACCAUUUUUUCUGUGAUGUUCCCCCUUUGCUAUCUCUUUCCUGCACUGACACAAGCAUCAAUGAAAUGGUGCUCUUCAUUUUUGCAACAAUCCUGAGUAUAUUUACUUCAACAGAAAUUGUGGUGUCGUAUGCAUUCAUCUUGACAGCAAUCUUGCGGAUUAACUCAUCUGAGGGGAAACAAAAGGCUUUCUCAACAUGUGCCUCCCACCUGGCAGCUGUAACCAUCUUCUAUGGAACAACCAUCUUUAUGUAUCUGCGCCCAAGUUCCAGCUAUGUUCUGGAUCAGGACAAAUGGGCUUCCAUCUUCUAUACCAUAGUAAUUCCAAUGCUGAAUCCUUUGAUCUAUAGCUUGAGGAACAGGGAAGUCAAAAAUGCCUUGAGAAGGAAGCAGGCACUGGGCAUGAGAUGCUUAUGAGUGCUGACAAACUGAAGCAUUUUUAUCUACUCAUAUGAUCUAAUGUGCCACUUUUUUUAAAAUUGGAGGGAAGCAAAUUUGUCUGUAUGGAAAAUAUUCCUCAAAGCUGGAAACUAACCUGAGCAGGCUUUUUAAUUUUAACAAAAAAAAAAAAAAAUUGAGGAAAUGCAGCAUCAGGCAAAAAGACCUAGCAUUUAACUAGCUACAUCCUACCAGUAUACUUAAGAAUGCAUGCAUCUAGAUAGAGGAACAAAGGCAGAAAAAAAGAUUCUGAGAUUACCAACCUCAUAAACAAAAAGCAGACGGAAUGAAAGACAGGUUCAGGACAAAUCCCUAACUACCUACAGUCUACUGCCUGCCUUUCGUGGUCUCACAUACUGAUUCAGAACUCCCAUACUCUCUUGAAGAACACUCUGUCAAUCUGUGGGCAAAGGCUUUGUGAGUCCAUCUGCCAAUGUUUCUUCUUAUGGGCAGUAUCGGUUUAACAAAUCCCUUUUCUUAAAGCAUCUCUCACAAAGUCAUACUUAAUGUAUGUGCACUUGGGUUUAGUAUUCUCAUUGAAUAAUCAUUGACGGUUCUCAAACAAGAUUGUUGGGUUUGGCUCAUCUUUCCCAAAGUUCAUGCCACACGGUUUCUUGGCAGACUUAUGGAGGUGCAUACUCUGUUUUUUGCGCACCAAGUUGAUUACUCUACCUUCACAUAGGAGCAAUUGUCUACAAGUAGAAUGACAUCUUUUGCUCAGGCUGCACCCCUGUAGUCAAGAAAUCAAUGCUUGUAUUUCUGAAAAGAAAGACAGAAUGUGUGACUCUGAAGUUAGCAGGCAGAAUGAAAGGCAAAGAGGAAACCCCCAACUUUCUGUCGAUGCCCCACUACUCCCUAUAGGCAGCUUCUAAAGAGUCAGUUCCAUUGAAAUCACAAGUACAAGACUUAAUUAAUUGUAAAUUGAAAUGAAAUGGUAUUAAAUGAAUUUGACUGAAUUUGCAACUGCACCAGAACCAUAUGACUGAAUAAAUUAGGUUGGUUUCUUUAUUGUAUCUUAGGGAGUGGCAAAAGUUAUGGUUUUGUUUUGUAGCACCUCUUGCCAAAAUCUGCCCUUAUGCAGAAAGGGGAAAAAAAGGUAAUUAUGCUGCAUAUUCUGUUUAGUGUACCGAGUUUAGUUUCUUGAACUGAGACUUCAUUGGCAAAUAAGAGUAUAAUACAUAUUAACUUUGCGCACUGCCCAGAUUCAUUUUUAAUGAGAUGGGCAAUUAUACAGAUUUGAGAAACAAACAAACAAAUAAAUGUUUGCAUUAGCAUUAAACAAUAAUUGGCUAGCAAGCAUAUUCACUUACUAAUGGAGAAAUAUAUCUCAUCUUCAUGGUUUUAAUAUUGGGAUAACAGAACAUGUUGGAUGGAAUAUAAUCUAUUAAUCUAUAUUCGAUGACUUCUGAACAGGAACCUAUUUAAGGAACACUAAUGUCCUUUUUCUUGUUCUCAGUGCAGUCUAGAAUGUUUCUCAAUAGCUGGUUUUCAGAGGUCUGGAUGGUGGAAUUUGAUUCAUAUUGGGGGUAAGCAUUUCAGAGAAAUUUUCAACUUCUUCAGCUCAAUUAUAAACCUAUUUCUAUUCAUUAAGGUGUACUCUUUGAUUCAAGCCAGCAUCUUCAGUUACAAAGAACAAUAUGGUAAUGUUCACCAAUGCAGCAGAAGACAUAGACAAAUAUAUAUGUUUCACAGAAAAAAUGACAAGUUACUAUUCUAAAAUGCAGCUACUUUAGAAUUAGCUGUUAAAGAAAAUCCAGGAAGUGGAACUUAAAACACAAGACGUUGACAAAAAGGUGGAAAUGUUACAGCAAAAGAAUGAAGGAUUGGAACAAACAAAUCAAGAACGUGCUAUUGCAAUGGUGGAAAUGAGAGAAGUGGAAAUUGAAGCAAAUAAAGCUAGAUUUGGAAAUAUGGAAAAAUCUCAAAUUGUCAAUAUUAGGAAGAAUUGCUACAGUAAAAAUGAAUGUGUUGCCGAAGAUUUUAUUUUUA